AUGAAAAAAGAUUUGAUUCGAAAGAAUAAAAAGCUUUUUAAAAUUCUGAUAUCAAAUGGAUUCAGAGAACCAUUUCAAUUGUUUAUUGAGGCUGAAUUUGCUGAAAAGGCACACAAACUGCAAAAUAAUGUCAAAACAAUUGUAAAUGUGAUGGGUCAUUUUCCAAAAUUUAUAAUUCCGAAGUGUGAAUAUGACAAAUUAAUUACACCAAACAUUGACUUAGUUGGAGAAGCUAACAUAGUUCCUUGUUUAAAAAAAUCAGAAAAUGAUGAUAGCACAGAAAAUAAUCAUAACUGUAUUUUUGAUAUGAUAGGAGAUAAAAAUAAACAUCACUAUAUUCUUUGUACAAUGAAUGUUAAGAAGUAUUUAAAUAAAACAACACCUGUUUUGUAUAUCAACAAUAGAUCUAAUUUUAUAAUAGAUAUUGAUGAUAUGAGAAAAGUUGAAAUAAAGUCAGAGGGACAAGCUGCUAAACAGACAGAAAUAAACAAAUUGGAGAAAAUCUUAUUUGAAGAUAAAUAA